AUGAACAGGAUUAAUUCUGAAACAAGUGAGGAAAAAGACCUCACAGAUAUCACAAUUAAAAGAAGAAUUUCUUCAAUUUUAAAAGUUCCCCGGACUCCCCUUCGUGACAUAGGGAGUGGAAAUGAAUUAAAUCAGGACUGCAAUAUUGAGAAACGUCAGAAAAACUCUAGGCGUGUUAGUUUUGCAGAUACCAUAAGGGUGUUCCCACCAGAUCCUCAAAUCACUGUGGAAUUAAACCAUGCAGAAACAGCAAGGGAUCAAGACCCAUUUAAUGAAAAUGAAGAGCCAGAAGUUGUGCAGUGUGCGAUCACAGGAAUGAAUACAUUACUUCAUGCACCCAUCCAGACACCUUCGCAACAAAUGGAGUGUCUUGAUUCAAACACUGGUCGAGAAUGGAACAAAAUGGAUAGGACACUCAUAUUUUCAGAGCAAAAUGAAAUGGAUAUGACAUCUGGUCACACUGUAAUGAUUACCCAUGACACUGGAAUCUGUCAAGAAACUGACGAGCCCAGGAAAAUAGACUUCAAAUCAUUUUCAACUGAGUUAAAAUCAAAAAAAGAAGUUUCACAAGUGAAUGAAUUCAGCUUCUUCAGCUGCCCUACAAAGGCGAAUGAGACCUGUUUAUCUCAACAGAAGACUAACACUGAAAACACAAAGAAAAUUAACCUUGAUGACUUUUUGAAAAGCUUGAAGACCACUAAACCAUUUCCCACUCCUACGGCUGGCAUUGUUCUUUCAGAGGCUCCAGAAAGAAACAUGAGUUCUUCAAAAGAUAAUGCAUAUUCUUGCUUGCAAGGGGAAAACUGCAACAUUACUGCUGUCUUGGGGGAACUUGAUAAUAGGAAAAGCUCUGUAACUUCUAUUCUAUCUAAUGAAAAGGCCAUUGCACCUGCCUCAGAGCAGUUAAGAUAUGAUGAAGUAACUCUGUCUUGUAGAGGGGAAAGUAUGGACAGGAUUACUUUCAAUACAGAAAGAAUUUUGCAACCUAGUACUAGCUCGCUUAGCGUCGUGAAUCAACAAGAGAACCUCAGAAGUGGUCACUCAGUCAAUUAUAACAUGGAUAACUGUAGGCUAAAGCCUUCUAGUUAUCAACUUGAUGUUCAGCAGGACCCAAGUAUGUGUAUUAAUGAAAUAACUGUAAGCAAUAUAGAAGAUGGCGGCAAAAAACAUGUCAAGAUAACUAGUAGGGCUGCCUCACAGGAUUGUACUCAUGGAACAAGUACAAUACCUGUGUUCACUGGAUCUGUUGCUUCUAUGCCUGUUCUCCAUAGUGAUAAAACUACCACUUUCUCUAGCUUCUAUGCAGAUAUGGAAAUAAGUAGGAACUGCACAGGUUUAAUCUGGCAAGAAAAUUUCAAGGGAAUGGGCAAUCCUGUUCACGGAGCUUCUGAAAAACAGAGUAAUGAUGUCUCCAGGCUAAUGGAAGGAACUUCGUUUAGAGAGGACUACAUGGACAUUACAAAACACCAAGAUUCUACAAAUUGUUAUAUAAAUAGUAUGCGAAAUUCUGGAAUAGCUGCUCCAAAUCAAGAGGCUACUUAUGGUAAUAUGGGACUGCUAAAUCCAAGAAUAAAUCCUGUUUCUUGGACAUCCAGCCUUCCUGAGAGGAAAGAAAAUGCUCUGCUUGGUUCAUUGCCAAGUGAACACUCAGCUGUCUUCUCUGCAAGUCAAGUUGCCAAGAGUUAUGGAAAGCAAGCAGACAGUCAAUUUAGUACCCUUUGUGAGGACAUCACCCAAUGGGCUUGUACAACAGCAGUAGGCAGUAAAAUUAAUAGAAAAAGUGGGCUUUCAAAUAAUACAGUAAUCCCUGAAGAUAAGACUGGUGUAUUUGGUGAUAACAUGGAAAUAACUAAACCCGAAACAUAUGCAAUGGAAAAUUCUCUGAACACGGCUGUAUUCCAGGGUAUGCCACAGCAAGAAAUAAGGACUGUUAAGAAAAGUGAUAAGACUGUUGUAUUUGCCCUGAAUGAAGACAAUGAAAUGGAGAUUACCAAGAGCUGUACAGAACCAAUAAACUACAAUAUGCAGCAAGUGCUGUCCCUACAACCUGUAGAUAAAACUGUUUAUACAUAUUAUAAUGAUAUGGAUGAGACUAAACCCAUAACAAGUGUAAUAAAUCAGUCUGUAGGAAAUGCUGGUGGCCAGACUGUUGAAAAGCAAAGUAAUGAGUGUUGUAAAAGGACUCUUACUUUAAAUAAAACUGCGAUGUUUACAUUUAGUGAAGAUAUGGAGAUAACUAAGUCUGUUGCAUGUGUAAUUGAUAAAUCCUUCAGAAACGUAGCCGACUACCCUAUUGUGCCAGAGGAAAAUACAAGAACUGGUAAGAAAAGAGUUACUGAAUCCACUAGUGACAAGACUGUAGUAUUUUCCUUGAGCAAAGACAAUGAAAUGGAGCUUACAAGGAGCCUUACAGUGGCAGUAGAGGGAGCUCUCCAUAUUCCUGCAGAGAAAACAAACAUGUAUUUAGGUAACAGUAAUAUGACAGCAACUAAAACCACAUCUUUUGUUCCAGCAGAUAAAACUCUGAUGUUUCUGCAUAAUAAUGACAUGGAAAUAACUAAACCCAUAACACAUAUAAGCAAUACAUCUCUGGAAGAUACUGGUUUCAAAUCUUUGGACCUGGAAAAAAAGGAAAUUGGCAAGAUUCUGUCGGGAUCGGCCAAUGAACAGACAACUGUGCCUUUGCUGCAUGAAGACAAUGAGAUGGAGGUUACAAGGAGCCAUACAGUGGCACUAAACCAUGAUAUUCUCCAGCAAGUCAAGGUAGCUACUCAAGGACUGUUCUCAGAGCCUGCAGAUAAAACCAGUAUGUCUGUGCACAACAGUAAUGCAACAAUAACUAAAUCCACAGCAUUUGUUCCUGCAGAUAAAACUAUGAUGUUUAUGUGCAAUAACGACAUGGAAAUAACAAAGCCCAUAUCAGAUUCAAUCCUGAAAAACAGCUGUUGCAAAUCUUUGCCACAGAAAGGGAAAGAGACUAGGAGGAUCACAUUACCAGGAUCAAUUAAAGCCAAUACUACUGUUCUUGCACUACAUGAUGAUGAAAUGGAGAUUACAAAGUGCCAGACUGUGGCAGUUAACCAUGAUAUUGUUUCCCAGUGUGAGAGAAUUCCCCAAGCACUAUUUAGUCAGGAUAAUAUGGACAUUACAAGAUCUCAUACUGUUACUAAAAAUACUAAAGACUCUUUGCACAGGAGUGUGAUGAAACUGGGGGGAAAUGCUGAAUGGGAACUCUCUUCAAAUGAAAUGGUAGCAUUAGCUGUAGCUGAAGAUCCAGAGAUUGUGAAAAGACAUAGAGUGGCAAUUGAUAGCCAAACAGACCUGCAUUGCCCACCAGCAAGUCAAAUUAAGCACAUUUUCCCUCUCAACGAGACCACUGCAUUCACAUCUUACCAGACUGGCACAGAAGUCACUAACUUGCCAACUAAUGCUAUUGAUAAUGGGAACCUGGAGGAAUCUGAGAAACGAGAAAUGCUGAAUAAAACCAUACAUCAGAAUUUGGGUAGUGUAUUUACCUCUGCAUUUGUGGGGGGAAUGCAAGAUGCAGAAGUUAUAAGAAAUCAUACAGAUACCAUUUAUGACCCUAAUAAUCACAUACCUGAUGCUGAGAAACAGAUAUUAGACUCUUUCACAAACUCAAGAAAAAAGACAUCUGAAAAUACAAUUGGUGAGAAGAUGGAUAUUAGAAACUACACAAUAGGAAUUGAGUUUAUGGAUAUGAAUGAUAAGAAUGAAAGCAGCUUGCAUUCCCAGGCCAAAUCUAGCUCUGAAUUUCCUACUUCAGUAGGUGCUUAUGAAAACAAAUUGGAUACUGCCAAAGUUGAUAAAGGAACACCUGAAAAGUCAAUUGGUUCUGCCAGUGUGAUGCUAUCUAUUCCUCUGGAUAUCGUUCAAGAGCAACAGAAUUUUUUAAAAAUUCAAGCGAACCAGCUAGGAUCCCGUACAUCUAAAAUUAAUAAUUUUGCAAAAGAAACUACGACAAAAGUAGUUGCAAAUGAAGAAAAUGAUUUUAUGUUUCCAGUUAAAAUGCCAGACCCGGAUCCAAAGUUAACUGAGGAAACUGCGCUUGACUUAAACACAGAGGCAAUGUGCACAUUAGUUAGUGAAAGUAGGAGCCUGAAAGAUGAUCCUUUGAAGUUAUCUCAGCCAACACAGGAUGAAUACCUUGCUAUAGAAACAGAUGCUCUUCCCAUUGAUGACAAAGUAACUAACGUAUAUGAGACUUUGUCAUGUGAAUGGAGUAGCAUUGCAAAAAAUUGGCAAAAUAACACAGAAUUCCCUCCCAUCAAUACCUUUCCUUCAGAGGAAGAGCCAAUCGUUUUGCCUAAACUAACCGUUAUCAACCAUUGUCCAAAUCUAAAAGACAUCGGGAAGAAGCCAGAACUUGUCCUACUCUCUCAAGAAGUUGGGUCCAGUCUUGGGGAAGAAUUACCCAAACUGAUAAUGAAGCCAGAUAACCCUUUAUGUUCGAGAGAAGAUGUCAAAAAGGAAUCCAGUACUGUUGCCUGUAAAGAAUGGACACAUACUUGUUUAAGUGAGGAUGCCCCUCUCAGUGUACCCUUAACUACCAUAUGUACGGAUAGUUGUAAAAUAAAAAAAAUGCCCCUGAGUAUCUUCCCGCCUAAACUGCCAAAUAAAAGAAAAUCUGCUCUUUCUAAUGUAGAAGAUAUUGGUGCCAAAUCAGAAGAGAGAACAGAAAUUCAAGAUUCAGACAUCUCUCUACUUGUUAAGAGACUUUCAGACAAAAUUACACAAAACUUGAGUCCAUCCUAUUAUAUAGAUGAAGAGUUGCUACCUGCAUGUGUAGAGGAAAUGGAUUCUAAUGAGUCUCUAAGUUGUGAAUCGCCAGAAAAGCUUUGUGAUGUGAUGAAUGAAAAAGGGAUUGUUGAUAAUGAAGGCCAUCCAUUUGAAGAACUGAAAACUAGUAAGAGGCAGAAGAGAGCCUGGGAUCAAGAGGAUGAGGAACUUCAGAAAGAAAAGAAGUUCAAAGUUGAUGAGGGCUGGAAUGAUGCUGCUGAGUUAAAGCAGCCCCUCUCCAGUGUAAUGGUAGCUCAUAACCAUGCUGAAAUCUAUGAAGGUAAAAAUGUUCCAGAAGCGAUAGCUCCAAAUCUGGAAAAGACACAAAGCAGCAACAGCAGCUCUUUGGACUCGGUUAAGGCAGAUACAGAUUUUAUUAUUCAACGAAAUAGUGAAAUGGAGACACAGCUUCUCAUGGAGAGUAUUUGUGAACCAAAUUUGCAGGAGAAAUUGCAGGAAGGUACUAUUACAGUCCGUGAAUUUUUUACACUUCUCCAAGUUCAUGCUCUGAUACAGAAGCCUCGCCAGAGUCAACUCCCACCCAAACAUGCAGUCACCACACCUCCUACUCUAGAAGAUGAAAUUCUCAGUCAGUACGUUUAUCGUCCCAAGUUAGAGGCUUAUGAUGAAGAUUGUCAAGCUUUCUACAAGAUAAUAGAAGAAUUAAAGUUGCAUGCAGUUGACCAAGAUAAACUUCUGGUGAAUGUGCAUAAAAGUCUAUGGGAAGUAAUGAGAACCUGUUCUGAUGAGGAGCUGAAAAGCUUUGGAGUAGAGCUGAACAAACAGAAAUCCUGUUUCACCAAGAUGAGUAAAGUUCUUGCUCACAGAAGGAAAGCAACAUUAUAUACAAAGUUGGUGCAGAGUGCACAGUCCCAGUGGGAAAAACUACAAUCAAGACUAGCUAAAGUGGAUGAACUUCUGAAAGAAAUGGAUAGAUGUAUUGCUGCUCUGGAGACAGAAACUGCUACAUUAGAAGCGUCGGAGCCAAAUGUCAAUGAUGCCAUUGCUGAAUAUGAGGCCAAGCUAAGAGAAACUGAGAGAGAGUUGGAAAACCACAGAGCCCAAGAGGAAGCUCUUCAAAGAGAUCAAUUAGAUCUGAGAGAUAAAAAGCAACAGAUGGUUUCUGGGAUAAGCCGUCUCCAGGAAGAUGUAAAAAGCUGUCAGGAACUCAUGGAGAAAUACAACUUCUCUGAAUGGGUGCUGAAAGAAUGGAGUGAUCACCAGGCAGUUUUCACCUUCCUUUAUGAUUCUAUUGAGCUGACUGUUGGGCUUGAGUUUCCUGUAGAUGGCACUAUUUCCAGCAACAAGGUCUGCCAGAAGAUUGUCAGUUUGAACUUUGAAUCACUAUUGGAUGAAGCUAAAGCGUUGCCUUCUUCAAAACUAGUGCACAGGCUCAUUUUCCAGUUUAUUGACAGUCAAAUGUGGCAGGAGAAAUGCUCAACAGUGCAUCACCUUUCUCAGAUGCUGCAUGACAUCUCUCUUGUGGUGAGUCGCUGUCAACUUCUAGGAGAAGAGAUAGAGUUUCUGAACCGAUGGGGUGGAAAAUUUUAUCUGCUCAAGACUGAAGUGACUGAUACAAAAGUGAAGCUGUUAUUCUCCAGUUCUAUAGCUCUUGCAAAGUUUGAAGUGGAACUUUCUUUAUCCGCCAGCUAUCCUGCAUCUCCAGUAGCUUUCACCGUCCAAAAAUGUACAGGCAAUAUUUGCCAAGAAGAAAUUUCUGUGGUUUUGUCCAGUGUUCCCGUGGGACCCAGCUACUUGAAGAGAAUGGUCAAUCAGAUUAGUCAUAAUCUGCUCCAGUGUCCUUCAGUGAUCAACAAACAGCACAGACGAGCUGUCUUAUAGUAUACUCUGCCUAUGGAACACUGAAAACAUGUUUUUCGUCAAUGGCUACAUGAGCAGUGGUCAGAUCGUUGCUUCAACUUGGCAGAAGUACAUAGCUAUUUUUUCCAGCAAAACCUCAAA